AUGUCAGCUACCGCUCUUUUCAAAAGCACAGGACAAGGUGGACUAGAAGUAUCUAGCCUAUUCAACGUUGAGGGUUGGAUUGCCGUAGUCACUGGAGGCGGUACCGGUCUGGGCCUCGUGACCGCGACUGCUUUAGCGGAAAAUGGAGCUAAAGUUUACAUCACCGGAAGGAGAGCGGAACCAUUACUAGCUGCUGUUGAAGGCUAUGAGAAGCUCGGAAACAAGGGCAAGGGAAGUAUAGUAGCUAUCCAAGCGGAUGUCAGUACUAAAGAGGGUAUCAAAAAAUUCGCUGGGCAGAUCCAAGCUAAAGAGAAGUGGAUCAACGUACUCAUAAAUAACCACGGUGUAUCACUCGGAGCAACAGAUAUCAACGCAUGUGAGCAGACGCCCGAGGGGUUAUCCAAACAGAUGUUCGAGGGGGAGACUUUCGAGACUUGGCUCGAAACCUACAAGAUCAACACUGCUUCUUAUCACUUCACAACUUUCGGUUUCCUCCCACUGCUAGCGGCCGCCAAGACGGUCGGCGGUUUCCCAGAACCAGGGAACAUAGUCAACCUGUCAUCAAUGUCUGGUAUUACCAAGACUUCGCAGCGGGGUCAAUUCAACUACAACGCAGGAAAAGCUGCUACAAUUUCAUUGUCCCAUCAACAAGCUACAGAGUUCGCUAGAAGAGGUCUCGGCAUCAGAGUGAAUGUCGUCUGUCCGGGAUACUUCCCCUCUGGAAUGACUAUUAUCCCUCCUGAGAACAACACCGGCUCUGAAGCUCAUUACAACGAGUUCCGUCAACAAUGGGGAAUUCCAUUCGGUCGACCUGGUAAAGCAGUAGAUUACGCUCAAUGCAUCUUCGGCCUUAUCACUAACCAAUAUGUCACCGGAGCUGAGGUCGUGAUUGAUGGGGGAUGGCUGUUAGAGUCCGGUAAGUCAUUUCUGCUUCAUGUUAAUGUCAUUUCGUCCUGA